AUGCAACCUACUCGAGCCAAUUGUUCUACGAUUAGCUUCAUGAGGUCCAGUCUUUCUUCUUUUUAUGAGUCUCUGGACGACUACGUCCAAGCCACCUUGAAGCGGCUAGAAGAGAAGGACCCAAGCCUUUGCAAACUUCUCAUUGACGACUUCCACUAUCCCGAAGUUGACUUGGAUGGCGAUCAGUUCUUUGACAGCAUUACGAUUGCCAAACUUUUGCGGAAGACAAUCUAUUCUCCGCAUGUUACGGACCUGGAAAUGCGGUUUGUGGAGUUUGAUGACAUUGUUGCCGCGGCAUUGAUGGACUUGCUUAGUUCCCCUUCCAGAGAAUGGGACCGUAUUUCCAUUGUCGGGUGUACCGGUUGCAGAGGACAAUUCUUGCCUCCGUUGACAUCGGCCAUGAAACAAUGCAAACAUUUAACGCUGAAUCACAACAGCAUCGAAGCGGAGGGUUUUGAAAAGAUUGGAGCAGCCUUGCAGUCCAAUCAUUCCUUGCGAUCAUUUCACAUGAAACGUGACACAUUGAAUGGCAGAAAUGCACUUGCACUCUUUGAGGGCCUUCAAUCCAACUCUUUGCUGGAAGACGUGGUCCUCAACUUUUGCCGAUUUGAUGAAAAAGGCAUCGAUGCCCUGAGCGAGAGCUUGAAGAACAACAGAAGCAUUCGAAAAUUGGAUCUUGGAGCCUGUUAUCUUCCUGACAGAUUUGUCGCGAGAGUGACUUAUUCCCUUGUUGACCAUCCAUCGUUGACCUCCUUGGUUUUAACUUUGAAUUCUUGUCACGAAAAGGGCACUAUAGCAUUGGCGUCCCUACUAUCGUCUCCUAAUUGUCGCCUUCAGCAUUUGAACAUGAGUCACCAAAAGGCUGGUUCGAACAAACCUUGUUUGGAAACCCUUUCUACCGUACUAAGGACAAACAAAUCAUUAUUGAGCUUGAAUCUGAGUCGGAAUUCUCUGCACGGAAGCGACCUCUCUACCUUGAUCCAAACCCUGCAAGAAAAUUCCACCCUCGAACAUUUGGACCUAACAAACAACAGUUUGGACGACAAAAGUCUGGUUGCUUUUGCUCGUGCUCUACCGUCCAUGUCAGGAUUGAAAAGCCUACAUGUUCUAAACAAUGAGAUCAUGGACGAGAAUAAUGUUGGAAGGGAAGUGUUGAAAGGUAUCUCUCGGAAUCACACAUUGGUAGAUAUGGAAAUCAAACGAUCCUUGCCACAGUACGAGAACAUUCAAUACUAUGUGGCCUUGAACUGGGGAGGAAGACGGGCCCUUUCAGCAGCAUUUGCAAACGACGAAACUCUCCCGCCAAUCCCAAUGGGUCUGUGGCCGAUUGUCCUCAAGCGUGCUCAGUGCAACCGGUCGGUGCCGAAUAGUAGUACUCCUGCCAACAAGAACGACCACGGCAACCGAAAAGCACAUGACCAUCGCAGAAAGGAGCAUGUGCAACACAACCACCAAGACCAGCACAAAAUCCAGAGUUUCCAACACGACAUAAUAUACCAUUUGCUCCAUGGGCCCGCGUUGCUAUCUAGAUAG